AUGGUUAGUUCACCGCAAUAUGAUGGCGAGAAGCGGGUGUACUCCACGCCGGAGACCGGGAAGUGGUGGGAAAAGUUGCAGGCGGAGGUUCGUAAGGUGGACCCGGAGGGCGUGGUGGCUGCUUUGAUACUUGCGAGUGGCGAAACACACAUGGACCAUCGUGGCAAGGCCAAGGGCCAUCCGGUGUACCUAACACUUGGAAACAUCGACAAGGACGAUCGAUGGAAACCGUAUGGACACGUCCUCCUUGCACUUCUCCCUGAGUACCCGCCAGAGUACUCGUCUCUUGACAGAACGGAUGUCUUCCAUUACGUCAUGAACGAUGUAAUGGCGGGCCUCAAGAGAGCAUCGCACACGGGGGUUAAGAUGAAGAAUGCAAAGGGCGAGACUAUCCAUGUGUGGCCGUCAGUGUACGCCCACAUCACGGAUUACCCGGAGUCUUGCAAGGUUACAUGCACGAAAUCUCUCGGCACCACAUAUCCGUGCUCCUUGUGCAAGGUACAUAAGGACGAGCUCAAGCGGUUUGAGUUCCGGAUUAAGCCUAGAACUCCCUCUGAGCAAAACCGUGUCGUGCAAGGGAUGAAGCGUGGCACCAUUGACCCUGAAACUAACGAGGCUCUCUCCACACACCCCGUUAAGAGUUACCUAUGGGGUUGGAGAACAAGGCCAACGUGUAUGCCACCUACCCCCUCUCUGGCCCCUCCUAACAUUCUCUGCCCUAUCACCCCGUCUCUGCCCCCACACCAUGGUCUCUGCCCCGUCAUCACGUCUCUGCCCCAUCCCUACCUUCCAUGCCCCAUCGUCCCUUCUCUGGCCCUCGUGUAUUUUUCUGCCCCUCCAUCGCAUUCUCUGGCCAUCCAUCCCAUUCCCCGCCCCAUCACCCAUUCUCUGCCCCCACACCAUGGUCUCUGCCCCAUCCCUACCUUCCAUGCCCCAUCGUCCCUUCUCUGGCCCUCGUGUAUUUUUCUGCCCCACCAUCGCAUUCUCUGGCCAUCCAUCCCAUUCCCCGCCCCAUCACCCAUUCUCUGCACCCACACCAUGGUCUCUGCCCCAUCGUCAUGUCUCUGCCCCACGACUACCUUCCAUGCCCCAUCGUCCCUUCUCUGUCCUCUCGUGUAUUUUUCAGCCACACCAUCGCAUUCUCUGGCCAUCCAUCCCAUUCCCCGCCCCAUCACCCAUGCUCUGCCCCCACACCAUGGUCUCUGCCCCGUCAUCACGUCUCUGCCCCAUCCCUACCUUCCAUGCCCCAUCGUCCCUUCUCUGGCCCUCGUGUAUUUUUCUGCCCCACCAUCGCAUUCUCUGGCCAUCCAUCCCAUUCCCCGCCCCAUCACCCAUUCUCUGCACCCACACCAUGGUCUCUGCCCCAUCGUCAUGUCUCUGCCCCACGACUACCUUCCAUGCCCCAUCGUCCCUUCUCUGUCCUCUCGUGUAUUUUUCAGCCACACCAUCGCAUUCUCUGGCCAUCCAUCCCAUUCUCUGCCCUAUCACCCCGUCUCUGCCCCCACACCAUGGUCUCUGCCCCGUCAUCACGUCUCUGCCCCAUCCCUACCUUCCAUGCCCCAUCGUCCCUUCUCUGGCCCUCGUGUAUUUUUCUGCCCCACCAUCGCAUUCUCUGGCCAUCCAUCCCAUUCCCCGCCCCAUCACCCAUUCUCUGCCCCCACACCAUGGUCUCUGCCCCCACACCAUGGUCUCUGCCCCGUCAGUACAAGCAAGGUCAAGAGGUGA